AAAUAUUGCUCGAUAUUUUACUUGUUUCUUCAAGGGAAACGAAUAGAGCCUGUCACCAGAAAACUUCUUGCUUUCGGUUUCAAACCUGAAAUUGGAGUGCGGUACUUAUUCAAAGAUCACUUUUAUCCAAAUCUGAUGAUGACAGGUUCCAGAUGCAUGAUUUAGUUCAAGAAACUGCUUGGUACAUGGUUCGCCAUGGACCAAAUAAAGAGAGAUACAGCAGGUUGUGGAUUCCUGACGACAUAUGUGAUGUUAUGUCAAAGAAAUCAGGUACAGCAGCAAUUGAGGGAAUAAUAUUAGCGUACCCUGAUAAGCAGAGGAUGAACUUAGGAUCACAAGCAUAAAGGGUAUGGAAAAUCUACGGCUUCUGAAAAUCCAGAAUGCUUGCUUCCGUAAAGGUCCAAGGUAUCUUCCAAAUGAGUUACAAUGGCUGAAUUGGCACAAUUUCCCUUCAACCUCACUUCCACAAGACUUUGUGGGAGAAAAGCUUGUUGGACUUACACUAAUUCAUGGCCAAAUUUCACAACUUUGGCCAGAAGAUAAGUAUCUUGACAAGCUGAAGUAUUUGAACCUCAGCUACUCCAAAGGGUUAAUUAGCACUCCAAACUUGGGGCAAAUGCCAUAUCUUGAAAAGUUGAACCUGAGCAACUGUAAGAACCUGGUAGGAGUUCACGAAUCACUAGGAGCUCUUACAAGGCUUCAGUAUUUGAAUUUGUCUCACUGCUCAAAGCUAAGGAGUCUUUCAAAAUGCAUCCAUCUCGAGUCUUUGGAAAAACUUCUUCUCUGGGACUGCACAAAACUUGAAAGUUUUCCUCAAAUCAUAGGCUUAAUGCCAAAGCUUUCGGAACUUCACUUGGAAGGGACUGCGAUUAAAGAGAUACCCGGUCCAUCAUAAAUCUCAGUGGCCUUGUCUCCAUAAACCUCAGUAAUUGCAAAGAUCUGGAAAGUAUAACUUUACAGCAUUUGUGGUUUGAGAUGUCUCAGGACUCUUAAUCUCUCUGGCUGUUCAAAACUUGAGACAUUGCCAGAAACCCUUGGUCAAUUGGAAACUUUAGAAGAACUACUUCUAGAUGGAACUGCAAU